AAAAAAGGUCGUCUUUUAACAUGAUUUUUAAGCAAUUAAUAUUAAUGCAGCACGUUAUGAAUUGCAUGAGAUUGAUAAUAAUCUAGGAUUUGAAAGAGAUGAUUAGAGUACGUUUAAUUUGAUAUAACUAGACUGCAAGCAUUGCAAGUCUUGCCAGGAUGCCAUAGACCGUUUAUAUUUGGACCAACGUUAAGCCGUUCACUCGGUUGAUUAGUGGUUACCUAAGCAUUCCAGGUAACGAGAAAAAUCGCUUCCAAGUGUCUGAUUCAGGGCACAGGCGAACAGCGACCUCAGACAGCACGAUGGAAAUACGACCGAAAGUCCACUUCAGCAUCGUUUGUUCUUACGCGAAACAGAAAACCGACGGACAAAGACGACAAACCGUAGAAAUCGGACAGCGGAAGUUGAAGGAUGGCUCAGAGUAAAUAAGUUUGCUAUUCCAGGAAUUUAUUGAGGGCUGUUCAAUCGCAGUUGUUUUCCCUGAUUGGCUAUUUUAGGUUUCGGCGAACCUGUUUCUGAUUUAAUUUGCCUGGGCUUUCGCCGGAGAAAUGAGCUCCGUCGUGCCGGCGGGGUCCGUGGCGUGUUCUCGCAGGCGGCUUCAGUCAGAGAAGUUGCAGUGUUUUGUGCCCGGGUCAGAGAAACAUGAGGGACAUGAACGUGUUUGAGCGCUCCUCCGUGCUCGCCGCGGAGAUGAUGGAGGUCUUUGAUCGGACUCCCACGGAAAAAGAGCUCGUCUCUCAGUCCAAGGAGCUCUGCAGAGAUUUCAUUCACUCCAGAAUCGCGAGGGAAGGACUGAGUUGGUCAAAAGUCGGGUUUGAUCUGCCCGAGCCACGCGGAGCUCUUGUAGAUGUAUCUGUGGUGCUGCUAAAACUGGGUGAUGAACUGGAGUGUAUGUGCCCGUAUGUGUAUCGUAACGUCGCAAAGCAGCUGAACAUCGGCGUAGCAGUGGAGGCUGUGGUGUCAGAUGCGUUUCUGUCCGUAGCAACAGAGAUCCUAGUCAUGGGGAUCACAUGGGGCAAAGUGGUGGCCAUCUAUGCGGUAGCAGCCGGGCUGGCGGUUGACUGUGCGCGUCAGGGCCAUCCGGUCAUGGUGCACACUAUAGUGGACAGUCUGGGAGAGUUUGUGCGUAGAAACCUGGUCCCAUGGCUCAAAAAGAGAGGAGGAUGGGGGGACAUUUUAAAAUGUGUGGUGAACAUGGACUCUAGAGCUCGUGCCCACUGGUUAUCAACAGCUGUGUUCACGUGGAGGCAAUUCCUAAAGACCAUGUACAUCUACCUGACGAAGUAACCUUGUGCAGGAAAUCAUCCUGUUGACUGAGAACCGAAUCUUUUCCUCCCAGGACUAUUUGAAUGGACUAUUGUACUGUUUUUGGAGCAAACAGCCCCUCACAAAGAUCACAGCACGUCAGCCAGGCUUAACCGCACCUUAAUCCUCUUUUACCUUUCAUUAUUUCUUUAAAAUACACUAACCAUAGACUGAAACGAAUACUAUGAGCUGACAUCGUGGGGUUGGCACUGUGAGGGAAUAUGUACUACAUUCAUUGCUGGAGCUACAAUGUCUGUCUUCCUUUAGUAUAAACUGACCCAGAAAUACGGUAUGUGGGUAUCUGAGCUUCUUUUGUGCUGACACACUGCGUGGAUUCGUUCCACCGUGAUUUUAUACUGAGUAUCUGUGGUGAUAAGUGUAACAUUUUAAUGUUUGACAAUCUUCAGAGUUUUAUUUUUAAAAUAAUUACGGAAAAUGGAGUGUCACUUUGCACUUUCAGUUGUACAGUUUGUGUGGUGUGUGUGUGUGAAACACUGUUGUCACCAGCUGUACACGUCUUUAAAAUAAAGAUUUUAAUGCGUGAACUAAGA